GUGCAGCAGGGUCCUGUUGGUUCUCCUGGGCCCGCUCAGCGGCAUCAUGGCCAGCAGCUUGCUCUCCUCCCGCAGCACGCCCGACUGGUGACAGUCAGUCAGUCAGUCAGUCGUUUGUCUCCGGCUGGACUGGAGAGCGGCGGCGGGAGGUUACCUCGUAGAUGUCGCGGUAACUGAGGGCGGUCUUCACGAUGAUGGUCUGGCUGGCGGCCGCCAUGCCUGCGGCAAACUAGACACGCCAGCGACGUCAGCGGCGCCGCAGUCGAGCACAUGGACGCAGCGCUGUCUCACCAGGAUCAGGCACCAUCUCUUCCCCCAGCAGGCGCCCAGCACCCCCAGCACCGACAGCAGGAGGCAGCCCGACUCCAGCAGGUAGAGGACCACCAGAGAGCCGUGGGACACCAGCUGAGCAGGGUACCGGGACACCGCCGCCGUCAUGGCGACCAGAGAGAGAGACACGCACGGGAGUGUCGUCAUGGCGACCAGUGAGUGACAUAUGAGCGUCGUCAUGGUGACCAGUGAGUGACAUAUGAGCGUCGUCAUGGUGACCAGUGAGUGACACAUGAGCGUCGUCAUGCCGACCAGUGAGAGAAACACCUGUGUCGUCAUGGUGACCAGUGAGAGACACAUGAGCAUCGUCAUGGUGACCAGUGAGAGAGACACAUCAGGUGAAGGUGUCACUCGAUGGAACAUGUGCUGAAAUGGAGCGCAAAGGUGAUGGGUACGUCUCACCUGUCCAGCCUGAAGAAGAUCACGGUGACCAGCUGCCGUCAUGGUCAGCAGGAAGAAACAAAGAGCCUGUGGACCGGAGACAGCAGCACAACAAGCAGCGGUCAGUUUCACGGCAAGCCGCCACAACUUCCUCCGUUCAAAAGCGCUCUGCUGCCCCCAGCGGCCACCACUGCGCGCGCGCGUGAGCCAGUGCGAGAGAGAGACGCCGGCCCUCCACCUCCCCGCCGCAGGCCUCCGGGAUGCUGCUGCAUCCAUGACUCACCGUGUUGACCGCACAGGCGAAGAUGAAGGGCCGCUUCAAGCUCCUCUUGUCCGCCACCACGAUCACUGCCUUCCGCUGCAUGCUCGCGCCCCGCGCGCCUCGCUCCUUCAGCCGCAGAUGCUCGGGAGGAGCCGGAGGUCCGUGAUGCCUUCAGGUGCAGAGCGAAGUGUCGGAAUCAAGGAGAAUCGAUUUUCAAGGAGGACGAGGGAAAUAUCGCGAGACGCGGAGGCGGCGCUUGAUGUGAAAACAAACGCACCAGCCCCAGCGAGCCCCAAAGCGCCGACGCCGCACUUGCUGCUCCUCGGUGGCUGACGGUGCCCGAGACAAUAACCAGCAUGCCGACCGUUAUGAUGACGCUGAUAACGCCGAGCAUGGCGCGCGCCACUCUCCUUCCGGUUGCAUCUUUUCAAAAUAAACGUUGCCGCGCCACAGGAAGCAGUGUGCGGAGGAAGGGUUCGCUGCUUUCCCGGACACGCAGACGUCCAGGUGCGAUCCACGGUCACCACCGUGCGGCUGGACUCGCUUUCCCACAAUGCUGAGGUGUGGCGAGUGGGCGGGGCCUGUGCUCAGGAACAGGUCGCACGGGAUUGUUGCGCGUCAGGUGCUCAGAGGAACGCAGUCGUCAGGUGGGAGCCACGCACGCCGCCUCUUUGUUUCCAUCCAGCGGACGGUCCGGACCUUUUCAGCCGCUGCGCCUCUCCUCAAGUUCAGGCCCGUCCAGCAGUUGCAUGUUGACAGACGACGUUCCUGAACUGGUUUUUCUGGCUCCAUGUGGACUCAUCUAACCGAAUCAAACAGCCUGAAGUGAGACUCCUGCGGGCCACCAUGCAGAAUCCUGGACCAGAACACGACGACACUUUUGACUUCCUCUUUAAAAUCAUUUUGAUCGGCGACUCCAACGUGGGCAAGACUUGUGUGGUCCAGAACUUCAAGUCGGGCUCCUUCUCCGAGCGACAGCAGAACACCAUCGGGGUGGACUUCACCGUCCGGACGCUGGACAUCGACGGCAACAAAGUCAAGAUCCAGGUGUGGGACACGGCCGGGCAGGAGCGCUUUCGCACCAUCACCCAGAGCUACUACCGCAGCGCCCACGGCGCCAUGAUCACCUACGACAUCACACGCCGCUCCACUUUUGCGUCCGUCCACGACUGGAUCCAUGAGGUGGAACUGUACGGCGCCGCCAACGUGGUUCUGGUCCUGAUCGGAAACAAGUGCGACCUGGAGCAGGAGCGCGAGGUCCCGUUCGAAGACGCCUGCACUCUGGCCAAUGAACGAGGGAUUCUGGCGGCGCUGGAGACCUCUGCCAAGGAGAGUCAGAACGUGGAGGAGGCUUUCAUGAUGAUGGCCCGGGAACUUCUGAGCCGUAACGGCCUCCACGUCCAGCAGAGGGAGCCCGAGAGCUACGGCAUGCCGGGCUUCCUGUUGCGCUCCAACUCUCGGCCCGUCAACGGAGCGGCCUACACGCCUCCGGAGAAGAAGAGCUGCUGCUGACCAGCCGACUGGUGGAUCAGGGCGCCGGCAUGUGACUCCCCUCCGCAGGACGUGACGUCACCAGAGUUUUCCCUCCUGGUCCAGAGCGAGCAAAGGUCUUUGAAAAGGACUUCGUGGUGUCACCAGCAGGAGGCACCAUGGCCCCGCCCAUCGGUUUUCAAGGUUUCCGCCCAAGACGUGGCACCUUGUCCAGGAGUCAGGCAGGGCCUGGAAAUCCUGUUUGUGUGGAGGAGUGUACCUGUGGGGACCGAUUCUUCACCUCCUUGUGGGGCUCAUUUGCCUCAAUCUGUGCGUUCAAACCUCAACAAAACUGGGUUCCAGUGUGCUUCGGGUGAGCCAUGUGUUUUGGAUGGAGAGGUCCCCACAAGGCCGCGUGAGCGUGUGUGUGUGUGAGAGAGAGCGCGGUGAAAGAAGAGGCUUCUGCCCUCCAACAGGACUGCAUCACUUUUUAUUUGGUCCGCCGAGCCGCUCCAGAGACCAAGGUUUGAGGCGCCUGGGUCAGCGGCCCGGACGGCGGACUGACCGCGAACACGCUGGCCCUCAGACACAAGUCCUGAGAGAGCCAGCAGGGGGCGACAGUGGGAGGCGCUCAGCGAGGUCAGCCCUGUGUUGUCGGAAAGCAAGAAGGAUAAAAUCACAACGGAAAAGUUACUGUGGUCAGUCUGGUCUUUUGCGACCGCCGGCGCGCGGCUGAUGUCAGCAGGCUUCGCUCCUAACUCAGCUGGAUGAUCUCAAACUUCUUGCGCCUCCGCUCCUUCAGCGGACCCGGCAGCUCCUCCUCCUCCGCCGCCGCCGUUUCCCUGGUGGCUUCCUGGGGCCCGGUGCCCGCCGCCCCCGUCUGCCGGUCUUUGGGACACUCGCCGUUGUAGGUCUUGACGUAGUCCUCCACCCUCCAGCCCCGGAACUCUGGCGGCUCUGAGCAGAAGAGUCCCGAGUGGGAGACGGCGGGAUGGUGUUGGAGCCAGUAGAGCAGGUAGUGGAUGUUGUAGUCGCAGGUCCAGGGGUUGUGGUCCAGCCUCAGCGUGCGCAGGUAGUACAGGUCCUCCAGAA